CUGUUCAUUCGUCACCCUCUCCAAAGCAAGCCCGUGCGUCUUCUUUUCUCUCUCUUGCUCUCUGCUUGUUUCCCUUUUUUUGGGUCAUCGAAGCUGUCUUUGGAGUUGGUCUUAUUUUUGUUCGGCAAAUAACUUGGUUUGUUGUAGCUGUUUGUUUUUUUCGAAUAAAAAGUUUGAAACUUUGAGGGCUUCGUGUGUGAAAGUUAAGACUUUCUGUUUGGUUGAUGAGAAAACUUGUCAAAACUGAUCAGAAAGGUUGUUUGUACAAGGUGUUGCACUCAAAGUUGUGUGUUUUGUCAUUGGCAAAACAUCCGACAAAUGUCUAGUAUUAAUGUGGAUGUGUCUCUAAAUGGAAGCUUGAGAAAUGCUGAUACCCUUUGUGACAUGGCUGAAAUUGAAGAAAUUGAUUUCUCAAGGAUUUUUGAUAGGCCACCAAGGCCUUUGAAUAUGGAUAGGCAAAGAUCAUGCGAUGAAAGGUCCCUAAGCGAAUUGUCUACUGGGUUGCCAAUUCCUUCUCCUCGUCCCUCGUCAAGAGUUGAGAAUAAUUUUAGGUUAAUUGACCACCUUAAUUGUUUUCCUUCUCCCGGUAGAAGGUCAGGGUUUAAUACUCCAUUAUCACAAUUUGGGGUUGAGACACAUCCAACUGUGGCUGAUGCUUGGGAGGCUUUGAGGAGAUCAUUGGUUUAUUUUCGUGGUGAACCUGUUGGAACCAUAGCAGCACUGGAUAAUUCCGAGGAACAGGUGAAUUAUGAUCAGGUGUUUGUAAGAGAUUUUGUCCCAAGUGCAUUGGCUUUUCUGAUGAACGGGGAACCUGAAAUAGUCAAGAAUUUCAUCUUGAAGACUCUACGCCUUCAAUCAUGGGAGAAAAAGAUUGACAGAUUCCAGCUUGGAGAAGGGGUAAUGCCUGCAAGUUUUAAAGUACUCCACGAUCCUGUCACGAACAAUGAGACUUUGAUGGCAGAUUUUGGUGAGAGUGCAAUAGGAAGAGUGGCUCCUGUUGAUUCUGGGUUUUGGUGGAUUUUCUUACUCCGAGCAUAUACCAAGUCCACAGGCGACAUAUCAUUGGCUGAAAAGCCAGAAUGUCAGAAGGGUAUGCGCCUAAUUUUGAGUUUAUGUCUUUCAGAGGGGUUUGACACAUUCCCGACUCUUCUUUGCGCCGAUGGAUGCUGCAUGGUUGAUCGCAGAAUGGGUGUUUAUGGGUAUCCCAUUGAAAUUCAAGCACUUUUCUUCAUGGCUUUAAGAUGUGCUUUACUUUUACUGAAGCAAGAUGAGGAGGGGAAUGAGUUUGUAGAACGGAUUACAAAACGCCUUCACGCUUUAAGUUUUCACAUGAGGAGUUAUUAUUGGAUUGACUUGAAACAGCUUAAUGAUAUUUAUCGCUAUAAAACAGAGGAAUAUUCUCAUACUGCUGUUAACAAGUUUAAUGUGAUACCUGAUUCUCUUCCAGAAUGGAUUUUUGAUUUUAUGCCAGUCCGUGGUGGUUACUUUAUCGGGAAUGUUAGUCCUGCAAGAAUGGACUUCCGUUGGUUUUGCUUGGGUAAUUGUAUUGCAAUUCUGUCAUCCUUGGCAACCCCUGAACAAUCCACCGCAAUAAUGGAUCUUAUAGAAUCACGGUGGGAGGAAUUGGUUGGGGAAAUGCCACUCAAGGUAAUCUAUCCAGCAAUAGAGAGCCAUGAAUGGCGGAUUGUUACAGGAUGUGAUCCAAAAAACACUAGAUGGAGUUACCACAAUGGAGGAUCCUGGCCAGUGCUCUUGUGGCUUCUCACCGCGGCAUGCAUCAAGACUGGCCGCCCCCAAAUCGCAAGACGUGCUAUCGAGCUCGCCGAAGCACGAUUAAUAAAAGACAACUGGCCGGAAUAUUACGAUGGGAAACUUGGUCGUUUCAUUGGGAAACAGGCUCGUAAAUUCCAAACCUGGUCCAUUGCUGGUUACUUGGUUGCAAAAAUGAUGCUGGAAGACCCUUCUCAUUUGGGUACGGUGGCACUCGAGGAAGACAAACAAAUGAAGCCUACCAUUAGGAGAUCAAGUUCGUGGACCUUCUGAUGUAACUUGUCUAGCUUAUCCACACACACCCCUCGGUCUUUUUCAGAUGUGAACCUCGUCUCUGUAGCUUCCUGCCCGCAGUUCAAGUUCCUAUUUUGAUUUUUCCAGAGUUUUGAUCCUGCCUUGUGCCAUUAUCUGGCUCCAAAAUCAUCUAAACCACACCCUACAAUCAUUUCAUUGUCAAAUAUUAUUUAAAACUCAAGAUCAUAAAAUUUAAACA